AUGAAGGUGACUCACGGGCUGCGGGCAUAUGAUGGCCUAUCUCUGCCUGAGGAUGAGGAGACAGUCACGGUGGACCGGGCGGGCAGGAGCUACUCAGACAUCUCUGAUGACGAAGACUUGCUGGCUGACGAUGCCUCUGGAGACGGCCUGGGUAGCGGGGAACCAGGCAGCGGGGACUUUCAGAUGGUGUAUUUCCGGGCCCUGGUAAACUUCACUCGAUCCAUCCACUACAGCCCUCGGCUAGAGGAUGCAGGCUCUGAGGAGUUCCGGGAAGUAUCUGAGGCCCUGGUGGACACGCUGGAGUCGGAGUACUUGAAGAUUCCUGGAGACCAGGUUGUCAGUGUGGUGUUCAUCAAGGAGCUGGACGGCUGGGUCUUCGUGGAGCUGGACGUGGGCUCCGAAGGGAAUGCGGACGGGGCUCAGAUUCAGGACGUGCUGCACACCGUCAUCUCUAGCGGCUCUGUCGCCUCCUACAUCACCUCUCCCCAGGGAUUCCAGUUCCGGCGCCUGGGCACAGUGCCCCAGGUCUCAAGAGUCUGCACCGAGGCCGAGUUUGCCUGUCACAGCCACAACGAGUGUGUGGCCCUGGAGUACCGCUGUGACCGGAGGCCUGACUGCAGGGACAUGUCUGAUGAGCUCAAUUGUGAGGAAGAGGAGGUCCCAGAGGUCAGCUCCGUGUCCCCCACUCUGGUGGAGACACCACCGUUAGUGCCCUCGCUGGAGGCGACCACCGUGCAGCAGGUGCCAGGCACCCCUGCUCCACAGCCUCUGCUCCCCAGUCCAGACAGGCCUGUGCCCUGCGGGCUCCAUGAGGCCAUGUGCCCCAGCGGGCAGUGCAUCCCCAAAGACUACCUGUGUGAUGGGCAGGAGGACUGCGAGAAUGGCAGCGACGAGCUGAACUGCGGUCCCCCACCUCCCUGUGAGCCCAAUGAGUUUGCCUGCGGAGAUGGGCACUGUGCCCUCAAGCUGUGGCACUGUGAUGGUGACUUUGACUGUAAAGACCACACCGAUGAGGCCAACUGCCCUGCCAAGCGCCCCGAGGAUGAGUGCAAGCCCACGCAAUUCCGCUGCGUCUCCACGAGCACCUGCGUCCCGGCCAGCUUCCACUGUGACGGGGAGAGCGACUGUCCCGACCGCAGCGAUGAGUUUGGCUGCAUGCCCCCGAAGGUGGUGACUCCUCCCCAGGAGUCCAUCCAGGCUUCCCGGGGCCAGACAGUGACCUUCACAUGUGUGGCCAUCGGCGUCCCCACCCCCGUCAUCAACUGGAGGCUUAACUGGGGCCACAUCCCCUCUCAUCCCAGGGUGACAGUGACCAGCGAAGGCGGCCAGAGCACACUGACCAUCCGCGACGUGAAGGAGGCAGACCAGGGUGCCUACACCUGUGAGGCCAUGAAUGCCCAGGGCAUGGUGUUUGGCAUUCCUGAUGGGGUCCUGGAGCUCGUUCCAAAGCGAGGACCCUGCCCUGACGGGCACUUCUACCUGGAGCCCAGUGCCUCCUGCCUGCCCUGCUUCUGCUUUGGGGUCACCAGCAUUUGCCAGAGCAGCCACCGCUUCCGAGACCAGAUCCGGCUCCGCUUUGACCGGCCCAAUGACUUCAAGGGUGUGAAUGUGACCAUGCCCGCGCAGCCCGGCACGCCACCCCUCUCCUCCACCCAGCUGCAGAUCGACACCGCUCUGCAGGAGCUCCAGCUGGUCGACCUGUCUCGACGCUUCCUGGUGCACGACUCUUUCUGGGCUCUGCCCAAGCAGUUCUUGGGCAACAAGGUGGACUCCUACGGCGGCUCCCUACGCUACAAGGUGCGCUACGAGCUGGCACGUGGCAUGCUGGAGCCAGUGCAGCGGCCGGACGUGGUCCUUGUGGGGGCUGGAUAUCGCCUUCUCUCCCGAGGGCACGUGUCCACCCAGCCCGGCACACUGAACCAGCGACAGGUUCAGUUCUCGGAGGAGCACUGGGUCCAUGAGUCCGGCCGGCCAGUGCAGCGGGCUGAGAUGCUGCAAGUGUUGCAGAGCCUGGAGGCUGUCCUCAUCCAAACAGUGUACAACGCCAAGAUGGCCAGCGUGGGACUGAGUGACAUUGCCAUGGAUACCACUGUCACCCACGCCACCAGCCACGGCCGGGCCCACAGCGUGGAGGAGUGCAGAUGCCCCAUUGGCUAUUCUGGCUUAUCCUGCGAGAGCUGUGAUGCCCAUUUCACGCGGGUGCCUGGUGGGCCCUACCUGGGCACCUGCUCUGGCUGCAGCUGCAAUGGGCAUGCCAGCUCUUGUGACCCCGUGUAUGGCCACUGCCUGAACUGCCAGCACAACACAGAGGGGCCCCAGUGCAACAAGUGCAAGGCUGGCUUCUUUGGGGACGCCACAAAGGCCACGGCCACUGCCUGCCGCCCCUGCCCGUGCCCGUACAUUGACGCCUCCCGCAGAUUCUCAGACACCUGCUUCCUGGACACGGACGGUCAAGCCACGUGUGAUGCAUGCGCCCCAGGCUACACUGGCCGCCGCUGUGAGAGCUGCGCCCCUGGGUAUGAAGGCAACCCCAUCCAGCCCGGCGGGAAAUGCAGGCCCAGCAACCAGGAGAUCGUGCGCUGUGAUGAACGCGGCAGCGUGGGGACCUCCGGGGAGGCCUGCCGCUGUAAGAACAACGUGGUGGGGCGUCUGUGCAAUGAGUGUGUCGCCGGCUCUUUCCACCUGAGUGCCCGCAACCCUGAUGGCUGCCUCAAGUGCUUCUGCAUGGGCGUCAGCCGCCAGUGCACCAGCUCCUCCUGGAGCCGCGCCCAGGUGCACGGGGCUUCCGAGGAGCCCGCUCAGUUCAGCCUGACCAACGCCGCGGGCACCCACACCACCAGCGAGGGCAUCUCAUCACCCGCGCCCGGGGAACUGGCCUUCUCCUCCUUCCACAACCUCCUCUCCGGACCCUACUUCUGGAGCCUCCCUGCAGGCUUUCGCGGGGACAAGGUGACCUCCUAUGGAGGAGAGCUGCGCUUCACGGUGACCCAGCGGCCCCAGCCUGGCUCCACGCCUUUGCACGGGCAGCCGAUGGUGGUGCUGCAGGGCAAUGGCAUUGUCUUAGAGCAUCACACUUCCCAGGAGCCCAGCCCCGGCCAGCCCAGCACCUUCACUGUGCCCUUCCGGGAGCAAGCCUGGCAACGGCCCGAUGGGCAGCCGGCCACACGGGAACACCUGCUGAUGGCACUGGCGGGCAUCGACACCCUCCUGAUCCAGGCGUCCUUCAGCCAGCGGCCAGCUGAGAGCAGGGUCUCUGGCAUCAGCAUGGAUGUGGCUGUGCCCGAGAACACCGGCCAGGACCCCGCACUGGAGGUAGAGCAGUGUACCUGCCCACCCGGCUACCGUGGCCCAUCCUGCCAGGACUGUGACACAGGCUACACACGCAUGCCCAGCGGACUCUACCUGGGCACCUGUGAACGUUGCAGCUGCCAUGGCCACACAGAGAUCUGCGAGCCCGAAACAGGUGCCUGCCAGGGCUGCCAGCACCACACGGAGGGCCCUCAGUGUGAGCGGUGCCAACCAGGAUACUAUGGGGACGCCCAACAGGGGACACCACAGGACUGCCAGCCGUGCCCUUGCUACGGAGCCCCCGCUAGUGGCCAGGCCACCCAUACUUGCUUUCUGGACACAGACGGCCACCCCACCUGUGAUGCGUGCUCCCCAGGCCAUAGCGGGCGUCACUGUGAGAGGUGUGCUCCAGGUUACUAUGGCAACCCCAGCCAAGGCCAGCCAUGCCAAAGAGACGGCCAACUGCCAGAGCCGAUUGGAUGUGGCUGUGACCCCAAGGGCAGCAUCAGCAGUCAGUGUGAUGCUGCUGGCCAGUGCCAUUGCAAGGCCCAGGUGGAGGGCCUCACCUGCAGUCACUGCCGGCCCCACCACUUCUACCUGAGCGCCAGCAACCCCGACGGCUGCCUGCCCUGCUUCUGCAUGGGUGUCACCCAGCAGUGCGCCAGCUCCUCCUACAGCCGGCACCUGGUGAGAGCCGCAGAGGCACAGCCCCUCUGAGUGAUCCCUGGGGCAGGUCAUAGCCGCCUGACUGGGGGCUUUACCGUGGAGCCCGUGCCUGAGGGGGCCCAGCUCUCCUUUGGCACCUUCGCCCAGCUUGGCCACGAGUCCUUCUACUGGCAGCUGCCGGAGGCAUACCAAGGAGACAAGGUGGCGGCCUAUGGCGGGAAGCUACGAUACACCCUCUCCUACACAGCGGGGGCGCAGGGCAGCCCACUCUCUGACCCUGACGUCCAGAUCACGGGCAACAACAUCAUGCUGGUGGCCUCCCAGCCAGCGCCACGGGGCCCAGAGAGGAAGAGCUUUGAGAUCAUUUUCCGAGAGGAAUUCUGGCGCCGGCCUGACGGGCAGCCGGCCACGCGCGAGCACCUCCUGAUGGCGCUGGCCGACCUGGACGAGCUCCUGGUCCGGGCCACAUUCACCUCGAUGCCUCGGGCAGCCGGCAUCAGCUCCGUCAGCCUGGAGGUCGCCCAGCCUGGGCCCUCGGAGGGACCGAGGGCCCUGGAGGUGGAGGAAUGCCGCUGUCCCCCGGGCUACAUUGGCUUGUCCUGCCAGGACUGCGCCCCAGGCUAUACGCGCACUGGCAGUGGGCUCUACCUCGGCCACUGUGAGCUGUGUGAAUGCAACGGCCACUCAGACCUGUGCCACCCAGAGACCGGGGCCUGCUCGCAGUGCCAGCACAACGCCGCUGGGGAGUUCUGUGAGCUGUGUGCGCCUGGCUACUAUGGGGACGCGACCGCCGGGACGCCUGAGGACUGCCAGCCCUGUGCCUGCCCACUGACCAACCCAGAGAACAUGUUCUCCCGCACCUGCGAGAGCCUGGGAGCCGGCGGGUACCGCUGCACCGCCUGUGAACCUGGCUACACCGGCCAGUACUGUGAGCAAUGUGCCCCAGGCUACGUGGGUAACCCCAAUGUGCGGGGGGGCCGGUGCCUGCCCCAAGAUGCAGCCCCACUGGUGGUCCAGGUGCAUCCGGCUCGGAGCGUCGUACCCCAAGGUGGCUCCCACUCCCUGCGGUGCCAGGUCAGUGGGAGCCCACCCCACUACUUCUACUGGUCUCGCGAGGAUGGACGUCCCGUGCCUAGCAGCACCCAGCAGCGACAUCAAGGCUCCGAGCUCCACUUCCCAAGCGUCCAGCCAUCAGACGCGGGUGUCUAUAUCUGCACCUGUCGAAAUCUCCAUCAUGCCAAUACCAGCCGGGCAGAGCUGCUGGUCACUGAGGCCCCAAGCAAGCCCAUCACGGUGACGGUGGAAGAGCAGCGGAGCCAGAGCGUGCGCCCUGGGGCGGAUGUCACCUUCAUCUGCACGGCCAAGAGCAAGUCUCCGGCUUACACUCUGGUUUGGACCCGCCUGCACAAUGGGAAACUGCCAGCCCGGGCCAUGGAUUUCAACGGCAUCCUGACCAUUCGCAAUGUACAGCCGAGUGACGCAGGCACCUACGUGUGCACUGGCUCCAACAUGUUCGCCAUGGACCAGGGCACGGCCACACUGCACGUGCAAGCCUCGGGCACCCCGUCCGCUCCUGUGGCCUCCAUCCAUCCGCCGCAGCUCACCGUGCAGCCCGGGCAGCUGGCCGAGUUCCGCUGCAGUGCCACAGGGAACCCCAUGCCCACCCUUGAGUGGACAGGGGGCCCUGGCGGCCAGCUCCCUCAGAAGGCACAGAUCCUUGGUGGCAUCCUGCGCCUGCCAACUGUCGAGCCCUCGGAUCAAGCCCAGUACCUGUGUCAUGCCCUUAAUAGCGUCGGGCAGCACGUGGCCAGGGCCGUGCUCCACGUGCAUGGGGGCGGCGGGCCCAGGGUCCAGGUGAGUCCAGAGAGGACUCAGGUACACGAAGGUCGCACCGUCAGGCUGUACUGCAGGGCUGCAGGUGUGCCCAGCGCCACCAUCACCUGGAGGAAGGAAGGGGGCAGCCUCCCCCCACAGGCCCGGUCCGAGCGCACAGACAUCGCCACGCUGGUCAUCCCGGCCAUCACAGCCGCCGACGCCGGCUUCUACCUCUGCGUGGCCAGCAGCCCCGCGGGCACCGCACAGGCCCGGAUCCAAGUGGUUGUCCUUCCAGGUGCCAGCACCCCACCAGUCAGGAUCGAGUCCUCGUCACCUUCGGUGACUGAAGGCCAGACGCUGGACCUCAACUGUGUGGUGGCUGGCCUGGCCCACACCUCCAUCACGUGGUACAAGCGAGGGGGCAGCCUGCCUCCCCACAGCCAGGUGCAUGGCUCCCGGUUACGGCUUUCCCAGGUUUCUCCAGCUGAUUCUGGAGAAUACGUUUGCCGAGUGGAGAACGAGUCAGGCCCCAAGGAGGCCUCCAUCGUCGUUUCUGUCUUCCACAGCACCCACCCAGGCCCUGGCUACACCCCAGCUCCAGGAGGAGCCCCAGCUCCGGGCAGCACCCAGCCCAUCCACAUCGAGUCCUCCUCCUCCCACGUGGCUGAAGGGCAGACCCUGGACCUGAACUGCAUAGUGCCCGGGCAGGCCCACGCCCAGGUCACAUGGCACAGGCGCGGGGGCAACCUCCCCGUCCGGCAUCAGACCCAUGGCUCGCUGCUGCGGCUGCACCAGGUGUCUCCAGCCGACUCGGGCGAGUACGUAUGCCGCGUAGUCCUUGGCCCUGGGCCCCUGGAGACCUCUGUCCUGGUCAACAUCAAGGCCUCCGGCUCCCCUUCGGGCUCCAUCCCGGCCCUGGAACCUGUCCCCCCUGUCAGGAUCGAGUCUACAUCCCCCACAGUGGCCGAGGGGCAGACCCUGGAUCUGAGCUGUGUGGUGGCAGGGCAGGCCCAUGCCCAGGUCACGUGGUACAAGCGUGGGGGCAGCCUCCCUGCCCGGCACCAGGUUCGCGGCUCCCGCCUGUACAUCUUCCAGGCCUCGCCAGCUGAUGCAGGCGAGUACGUUUGCCGGGCCAGCAACGGUAUGGAGGCCUCUAUCACAGUCACUGUAACCAGGACCCAGGGGGCCAACUUUGCCUACCCUCCGGGCAGCACCCAGCCCAUCCGCAUCGAGUCGUCCUCCUCCCACGUGGCCGAAGGGCAGACCCUGGACCUGAACUGCAUAGUGCCCGGGCAGGCCCACGCCCAGGUCACGUGGCAUAAGCGCGGGGGCAGCCUCCCUGCCCGGCACCAGACCCACGGCUCCCUGCUGAGACUACACCAGGUGUCCCCAGUUGACUCGGGCGAGUAUGUGUGCCGCGUGGUGGGGGGCUCGGUGCCCCUGGAGGCCUCUGUCCUGGUGACCAUUGAGCCUGCAGGCUCUGUACCUGCGCCGGGCGUCAUCCCCCCAGUCCGGAUCGAGUCGUCCUCCUCCCAUGUGGCUGAAGGGCAGACCCUGGAUCUGAACUGCUUGGUUGCUGGGCAGGCCCACGCCCAGGUCACGUGGCACAAGCGAGGGGGCAGCCUCCCCGCGCAGCACCAGGUGCAUGGGUCAAGGCUGCGGCUGCCCCAGGUGACCCCAGCCGACUCUGGGGAGUACAUAUGCCGUGUGGUCAGCAGCUCGGGCACCCAGGAAGCCUCCGUCCUCGUCACGAUCCAGCGGCGCCUGGGCCCCUCCCACCCCCAGGGCGUGGUGUACCCCAUCCGCAUCGAGUCCUCCUCGGCCUCCCUGGCCAAUGGACGUGUCCUGGACCUCAACUGCCUGGUGGCCAGCCAGGCCCCCCACACCAUCACCUGGUAUAAACGUGGAGGCAGCCUGCCCAGCCGGCACCAGAUCGUGGGCUCCCGACUGCGGAUCCCCCAAGUGACACCUGCAGACUCAGGCGAAUAUGUGUGUCACGUCAGUAACGGUGCUGGGUCCCAGGAGACCUCACUCAUCGUGACCAUCGAGGGCAGCGGCCCCUUCCAUGUGCCCAGUGUCUCCCCACCGAUCAGGAUCGAGUCCUCGUCCCCCACUGUGGUCGAAGGACAGACCUUGGAUCUGAACUGCGUGGUCGCUGGGCAGCCCCAGGCCACCAUCACGUGGUACAAGCGUGGGGGCAGCCUUCCUACCCAACACCAGGCCCACGGCUCCCGCCUGCGGCUGCACCACAUGUCCGUGGCUGACUCUGGCGAGUACGUGUGCCGCGCCAACAACAACAUCGAUGCCCAGGAGGCCUCCAUCGUGGUCUCAGUGUCCCCCAGCGCUGGCAGCCCCUCUGCCCCUGGCAGUGCAGUGCCCAUCAGGAUCGAGUCGUCUUCCUCCCACGUGGCUGAAGGGCAGACCGUGGAUCUGAAUUGCGUGGUCCCUGGCCAGGCCCACGCCCAGGUCACGUGGCACAAGCGUGGGGGCAGCCUCCCUACUCAUCACCAGGCCCACGGCUCACGGCUGAGGCUGUACCAGGUGUCCCCAGCUGAUUCGGGCGAGUAUGUAUGCCAGGUAGUGAGCAGCUCAGGCCCCCUGGAGGCCUCUGUCCUGGUCAACAUCGAGGCCUCUGGCUCCAGUGCUGUUCCUGUCCCUGCCCCAGGUGGAGCCCCACCCAUCCGCAUUGAGACCUCCUCCUCCCAUGUGGCUGAAGGGCAGACCCUGGAUCUGAACUGCAUCGUCCCUGGACAGGCCCACGCCCAGGUCACGUGGCACAGACGCGGGGGCAGCCUUCCUGCCCGGCACCAGGUCCACGGACCCCUGCUGAGGCUGAAUCAGGUGUCCCCGGCUGACUCUGGAGAGUACUACUGUCAAGUGACUGGCAGCUCUGGCACCUUGGAGGCUUCUGUCCUGGUCACAAUUGAGGCCUCCAGCCCAGGCCCCAUUCCUGCCCCAGGACUGGCCCAGCCCAUCUACAUCGAGGCCUCCUCCUCCCACGUGGCCGAAGGGCAGACCCUGGACCUGAACUGCGUGGUGCCCGGGCAGGCCCACGCCCAGGUCAUGUGGUACAAGCGUGGGGGCAGCCUCCCCGCCCGGCACCAGACCCACGGCUCCCGGCUGCGGCUCCCCCACGUCUCCCCUGCCGACUCCGGCGAGUACGUGUGCCGCGUGGCUGGCAGCUCAGGCCCUGAGCAGGAGGCCUCCUUCCCAGUCACCGUCCCGCCCAGUGCGGGGUCCUCCUACCGCCUGAGGAGCCCUGUCAUCUCUAUCGACCCGCCCAGCAGCACCGUGCAGCAGGGCCAGGACGCCAGCUUCAAGUGCCUCAUCCAUGACGGGGCCACCCCCAUCAGCCUCGAGUGGAAAACUCGGAACCAAGAACUGGAGGACAAUGUCCACAUCAGCCCCAACGGCUCCAUCAUCACCAUCGUGGGCGCCCGGCCCAGCAACCACGGUGCUUACCGCUGUGUGGCCUCCAACGCCUAUGGCGUGGCCCAAAGUGUCGUGAACCUCAGUGUGCACGGGCCCCCUACUGUGUCUGUGCUCCCCGAGGGUCCCGUGCGGGUGAAGGUGGGGAAGUCCGUCACCCUGGAGUGUGUCAGUGCUGGGGAGCCCCGCUCUGCAGCCCACUGGACCCGGAUUGGCACCCCCACCCGCCUGGAACAGCAGAUGUAUGGGGUCGUGGACAGCCAUACGGUGCUGCAGAUUUCAUCUGUGAAACCAUCAGAUGCAGGCACCUACGUAUGCCUGGCUCAGAAUGCACUGGGCACAGCACAGAAGCGGGUGGAGGUGAUUGUGGACACAGGCACUGUGGCCCCAGGGGCCCCCCAAGUUCAAGUUGAAGAAGCCGAGCUGACCAUAGAGGCUGGACACACAGCCACCCUGCGUUGCUCCGCCACAGGCAGCCCCACGCCCACCAUCCAUUGGUCCAAGCUGCGCUCCCCGCUGCCCUGGCAGCACCGGCUGGAAGGUGACACGCUGAUCAUCCCCCGGGUGGCCCAGCAGGACUCAGGCCAGUACAUCUGCAACGCCACUAGCCCUGCCGGGCAUGCCGAGGCCACCAUCGCCCUGCACGUGGAGAGUCCACCAUAUGCCACCACGGUCCCGGAGCACACUUCGGUGCGGGCAGGGGAGACGGUGCAGAUCCAGUGCCUGGCGCAUGGGACACCCCCGCUCACCUUCCACUGGAGCCGUGUGGGUGGCAGCCUCCCUGGGAGGGCGACUGUCCGGAACGAGAUGCUGCGCUUUGAGCCCGCAGCCCCCGAGGACUCAGGCCGCUACCGUUGCCGGGUCACCAACAAGGUGGGCUCAGCUGAGGCCUUCGCCCAGGUGCUCGUUCAAGGCCCCUCUGGCUCCGUCCUGGCCACCGCCAUCCCAGGAGGACCCACGCCUGCCGUUCAGGUCACACCUCAGCAGGAGACCAAGAGCAUAGGGGCCAGCGUCGAGUUCCACUGUGCCGUGCCCAGUGACCGGGGCACCCAGCUCCGCUGGGUCAAGGAAGGGGGUCAGCUGCCUCCUGGCCACAGUGUGCAGGAUGGGGUGCUCCGAAUCCAGAACUUGGACCAGAGCUGCCAAGGGACAUAUGUUUGCCAGGCCUAUGGACCGUGGGGACAGGCCCAGGCCAGUGCCCAGCUGGUUGUCCAAGCCCUGCCCUCGGUGCUCAUCAACAUUCGGACGUCCGUGCAGACCGUGGUGGUCGGCCAUGCCGUGGAGUUUGAGUGCCUGGCCCUAGGCGACCCCAAGCCUCAGGUGACAUGGAGCAAAGUCGGGGGGCGCCUGCGGCCUGGCAUCGUGCAGAGCGGGGGCAUCGUCAGGAUCGCCCACGUGGAGCUGGCCGACGCAGGGCAGUACCGCUGCACCGCCACCAACGCCGCGGGCACCACCCAGUCCCACGUGCUGCUGCUCGUGCAAGCCUUGCCCCAGAUCUCCACGCCCCCAGAGGUGCGGGUGCCUGCUGGCUCUGCAGCCGCCUUCCCCUGCAUGGUCUCCGGCUACCCCACUCCUGAGAUCACCUGGAGCAAGCUGGACGGUAACCUGCCGCCUGACAGCCGCCUGGAGAACAACAUGCUGGUGUUGCCCUCGGUCCGACCUCAGGACGCAGGCACCUACGUCUGCACUGCCACCAACCACCAGGGCAAAGUCAAAGCCUUCGCCCACCUGCAGGUGCCAGAGCGGGUGGUGCCCUACUUCACACAGACCCCCCACUCCUUCCUGCCGCUGCCCACCAUCAAAGAUGCCUACAGGAAGUUUGAGAUCAAGAUCACCUUCCGUCCCGACUCAGCCGAUGGGAUGCUGCUGUACAAUGGGCAGAAGGGGAUCCCAGGGAGCCCCACCAAUCUGGCCAACAGGCACCCUGACUUCAUCUCCUUCGGCCUCGUGGGUGGACGGCCUGAGUUCCGGUUUGACGCAGGCUCAGGCAUGGCCACCAUCCGCCACCCCACACCGCUGGCGCUGGGCCAGUUCCACACCGUGACCCUGCUGCGCAGCCUCACCCAGGGCUCCCUGAUUGUGGGCAGCCUGGCCCCAGUCAAUGGGACAUCUCAGGGCAAGUUCCAGGGCCUGGACCUAAACGAGGAGCUCUACCUUGGUGGCUACCCCGACUACAGUGCCAUCCCCAAGGCGGGGCUGAGCAGCGGCUUCGUAGGCUGUGUCCGGGAGCUGCGCAUCCAGGGUGAGGAGAUCAUCUUCCACGACCUCAACCUUACAGCGCACGGCAUCUCCCACUGCCCCACCUGUCGGGACCGGCCCUGCCAGAAUGGGGGCCAAUGUCAGGAUUCAGAGAGCAGCAGCUACAUGUGCAUCUGCCCAGCUGGCUUCACCGGGAGCCGCUGUGAGCACUCCCAGGCCCUGCACUGCCACCCAGAGGCCUGUGGGCCCGACGCCACCUGUGUGAACCGGCCUGACGGUCGAGGCUAUACCUGCCGCUGCCAUCUGGGCCGCUCAGGGCUGAGAUGUGAGGAAGGUGUGACAGUGACCACCCCCUCCAUGUCGGGCACCGGCUCCUACCUGGCACUGCCCGCCCUCACCAACACACACCACGAGCUGCGUCUGGACGUUGAGUUCAAGCCGCUGGCGCCCGAUGGCAUCCUACUCUUCAGCGGAGGGAAGAGCGGGCCUGUGGAGGACUUUGUGUCCCUGGCGAUGGUGGGCGGCCACCUGGAGUUCCGAUAUGAGUUAGGGUCAGGGCUGGCCGUGCUGCGGAGCCCCGAGCCGCUGGCCCUGGGCCACUGGCACCGAGCGUCUGCGGAACGUCUCAACAAGGAUGGCAGCCUGCGCGUGAACAGCCGACGCCCCGUGCUGCGCUCCUCGCCCGGCAAGAGCCAGGGCCUCAACCUGCACACCCUCCUCUACCUCGGUGGCGUGGAGCCCUCCGUGCGGCUGCCCCCGGCCACCAACGUCAGCGCUCACUUCCGAGGCUGUGUGGGCGAGGUGUCGGUGAACGGAAAGCGGCUAGACUUCACCUACAGCUUCCUGGGCAGCCAGGGCAUCGGGCAGUGCUACACCAGCUCCCCGUGUGAGCACCAGCCAUGCCAGAACCGUGCCACCUGCAUGCCCGCCGGCGAGUACGAGUUCCAGUGCCUGUGCCCUGAUGGCUUCAAAGGAGACCUCUGUGAGCACGAGGAAAACCCCUGCCAGCUCCACGAGCCCUGUCUGCACGGGGGCACCUGCCAGGGCACCCGCUGCCUCUGUCCCCCCGGCUUCUCAGGCCCACGCUGCCAACAAGGCCCUGGACAAGGCAUGGCUGAGUCCGAUUGGCAUCUGGAAGGCAGUGGGGGCAAUGAUGCCCCUGGGCAGUACGGAGCCUACUUCCAUGAUGACGGCUUCCUAGCUCUCCCUGGUCGCAUCUUCUCCCGGAGCCUGCCCGAGGUGCCGGAGACCAUCGAGCUGGAGGUCCGGACCAGCUCGGCCAGCGGCCUCCUGCUGUGGCAGGGCACGGAUGUGGGAGAGGCCGGCCACAGCAAGGACUUCAUCAGUCUCGGGCUUCAGGACGGGCACCUUGUCUUCAGCUACCAGCUGGGCAGUGGGGAGGCCCGCCUCGUCUCUGAGGACCCCAUCAAUGAUGGCGAGUGGCAUCGGGUGACAGCGCUGCGAGAGGGCCGGAGAGGCUCCAUCCAGGUGGACGGCGAGGAGCUGGUCAGCGGCCAGUCCCCAGGCCCUAACGUGGCUGUCAACACCAAGGGCAGCAUCUACAUCGGUGGAGCCCCCGACGUAAGCACGCUGACCGGGGGCAGGUUCUCCACGGGCGUCACCGGCUGUAUCAAGAACCUGGUUCUGCACUCUGCCCGGCCCGGCGCCCCACCCCCGCAGCCACUGGACCUGCAGCACCGCGCCCAGGGGGGCGCCAACACGCGCCCCUGCCCCUCGUAGGCGGCCGCCUGCCCUGCACAGACUCCCAGACAGCAGCCCAGCCCCACGGCGUCGAGUAUAUUAUUAUUAAUAUUAUUAUUAUGAAUAUUUUGUAAGAAACUGAGGCAAUGCCACGCUUUGCUGCUACUGCCCUGGGCUGGACUGGAGGAUGGGCAUGCCACCCCCCCUCCAACACACCUGGGCAAAGCCGCGGGCUGGCAGGUAGGGCGGGCUGGAUGGGAGCUGGUGCCUCAGAGGACUACCGGGACUUGGGGCCACACACGGUGGCAAUUGGGCUCAGAACUGUCACCACCAAUAGAGCCCCUCCUCCCCCUGCCAAGUAGAGCUGGGUUGUCCAGUUCUGCAGCCCUGGGGCAGCCCCCCAAAUCCUACAGAGCCAACCGCGGCCUCCAGCCUGGUGCCUCACCAGCUACCUGGAGCAGGGGGCAUCGCGAUGGGCUUUGCCACCCUCCUCCAGGUGAGGAAAGCUCUUUAAUGCCAACUGUGGAACAAAAGGCAGCUCACCCCUGGGCAGGCAACCCCACCCCUGCCGGCCCAUGUCCCGGCCCCCUCCACCUCUGCCUGGCCAGCCGGGCCACCUGCCCCUGACAGCCUUCCCCUCCCAAUGAGUCCUCCUGGCCCCCCAAACACACCUGCCACCUGCCCUCAGGGGCUGCAAGGGAAAGUCCACCCCACCUCUUACCGGGAGCUGCUAUGAGUGGAGCCCAGCACUGAGAGGGUCUCGCCGCCCAGAGCAGGCCACAUCCCCCCCACUGAUCUGGAAGUGAAGGCCCAGGGGACAUGGGGGGAAGAGAGCAUCGGUGGUUGAAGAGCUAGUGCCUUGCGUGGGGGAUGCCAGGACUCAUGGCUGGGAGGGACAGGAAGGGGACAUGACAGCCCUGCCCCACCUGUGGGAGCCUGAGGGCCCAACUGGGGGCACGCGCCCUCCCCACCAGCAGCCCACAGAUGUGGGAUCAGGACGCCUGGCCUCUGUGCCCGAGAAGGGACCCUCCUGUGGUCUUUGUCUUGAUCUUUCUUAAUAAACGGUGCUAUCCCCGCCA